GAUUUUUCUGAUCCAAAAUCUCAACUUGUAACCGCUGGCAAUAAUCAAAAUGCUUUUGACAUUUAUUGUCCACAACCUUCCUGUAAAUGUCUUCUUUUGAGAACAAGCUUGGGAACAUUUGUUGAGAGACCUAAAGAUAAAACUGUAUUACCUCCUAGCAACGAAAAAUUAGAACAAAAUGGUAUUACUAAUGGUAAAGAAAAUAUAAAUAAGAACAGCACUAAUGGCGAAUCAACCUCACAAUCAAUUGUAGAAUAUUGGCAAUUAACAGACAUGAUGGCAUUUGAAAAUAUUGGUUUUUCAAAAACUAUUGAGGAAACUGGAUUAAAAUAUAUAUGUUGUGCUGAUUGUAACAUUGGUCCUAUCGGAUAUCAUGAUACAAAGGCUCAAGAAAAAGAAUAUUUAAUCGUUGUUAAUAGGGUUAGUUAUGAUGUUGGUACUCUAAUUUCUGAUGAAAUU